GCUACUGUAUAUAUAGAAACCCUCUCUCUCUCUCUCCCUCUCUCAUUCUCUCUCUCCUCUCUCUCUCUGUCAGCUUCAAACAUGUUAUCCAUGUUUGCGGUGCUUUCUUGACACCCAUGUUCAUGUUCUCAUCUCUUUCUAGCUAAUACCAUCUGCGUAUACUUAAUUUUGGUAAGAGAUCGAGAAGAGAAGAAAAGAGAGGAAUAUAUAUGAUAUUCAGUGAUAUAUCGUUCCAGCUCCCACCCGAGCCCAUGUUUCAUCAGCCCUAUCAUCAUGACCCCUCCAUUUCUCCCCACUCCCAAGACUUUCAAGUUGCAGGUUAUUCACCCCUAUUAAUGAGGAGAUCCAUGUCGUUUACGGGGUGUGAAGAAGUACGAGGAGAGGAGGAUCAGUCGGAUGACGAAGGAUCACAGUCACUUGGAGAGAAAAAGAGGAGACUAAACUUGGAGCAAGUGAAAGCAUUGGAGAAGAGUUUUGAGUUGGGAAACAAACUUGAGCCGGAGAGGAAAGUGCAGUUGGCUAGGGCGCUGGGUCUUCAACCAAGACAAAUAGCGAUUUGGUUCCAAAACAGGAGGGCCAGGUGGAAAACCAAGCAAUUAGAGAGAGAUUAUACUAUCUUGAAGAGACAGUUUGAUGCUCUUAAGGCUGACAAUGAUUCCCUUAGGACUCAAAACAAGAAACUUCAUGGAGAGCUACUAGCUCUAAAAGGUAAAGAAAGCGGUAGCAAUAUUGAAAACAGGCCUAUCAAUCUCAACAAAGAAAGCACUCAUCAUGAGGGUUCUUGGAGUAACGGAAGUGACAACAGUUGUGAUCAUGUUAACACUACUGCAGGUCUGACUCAACUGUUCCUCCAGAGUUCAUCCACACCAGAUCUAAUGCAUCCUCACCAGAAACUCAAUCAAACAGUUAAUCCUGAUGAAACCUUCUGCAGCAUGUUCAACAGCAUCGAGGAUCACCCUGGAUUCUGGCCAUGGCCCGAACAGCACCAGAAUUAUAAUUAAUUUAUCAAUCAUCCCCCGUUAACAUCAUGCAGGAUACGAUGCAUGAAUAAACCUCAUCGGUCAUCAAUCUUUUUCAAUUUCUUGAUUAUUUUUUGUUUAAUUUCUAGACUGUUAUUGUCUUGUCUCUAGUGAUAUUAUUCAAUCUAUAUAUUCUGCACUAAGAUACUAGUAUUCCAGUGA